CAGAGAUUGAGGGCACUUCUAGGACCGGAACACGCCCUGAGUGGCGGGUGAGAUGACACGCCCCCGCUGGAUUUCCUGGGCCAGCCUCUCUCUCUGGUGGCUUCUAUUGGCAUAUGUUUCCAGACAGACCGUGCGAGGGGGUGGUCAGACAGAGGAGUGUGGUGGGCGAGACUGCAGCGUGUGCCCUUGUUUGGCAGCCAAAGGAGCCAGGGGAUCACCUGGUGCUCAAGGGAUACCAGGUCCUCCGGGGCCUACAGGUUUUCCAGGCCAGCAGGGUCCUAAAGGAGAUAAAGGAUUCCGUGGAUAUGAAGGAUUUCCUGGAGAGUUUGGACGAAAAGGGGAUGCUGGUUUGCAAGGAAGAAGUGGCUUUCCUGGACUAAAUGGGGUCCCUGGCCAUCCUGGACCACCUGGUCUUCCAGGUCUUCCAGGAUUAGAUGGCUGCAAAGGAAUGCAGGGUGACCCAGGACCCAGCGGCCUUUGCGGAGAAAUUGGCAGAUGUGGACUUCCGGGUUCUAAAGGAAUGAAAGGACCCAAAGGAGACUCUGCACACAAAUACUCUUGCUAUCCUGGUCCUCCUGGUUGUACUGGAAAACCUGGUGUGCCUGGACCACCUGGUUUAGAUGGUAACCCUGGUUUUAAAGGUCUUCCAGGAGACCAAGGGAAGUCCUUACCUGGUGAGAAAGGAGACGAGGGAUUCUCAGGGGACCAAGGCCCUCCAGGACCUUAUGAAAUAGUUGAGCCCCCAGAAGAGUAUUACCCUAAAGGAGAAAAGGGGAGCAAAGGACAAAAAGGACAAUGUGGACCUGAUGGCAUUAAAGGAACUGACAGACCUCCUGGAGAGAUGGGAGAGAAAGGCAUCAAGGGGCUUCCAGGAAUUAGAGGACCUAAUGGCAGUCCUGGAAGUACUGGCAGACGAGGAACUCAGGGAGAACCUGGUAGCCUUGGCCUCCCUGGUCUUAUUGGCAACCAAGGGAUAAAGGGACUCUCAGGUGAUCCUGGUCCUCAAGGCGUGACGACUUAUCUUUACUCUAAUGUUACAGGAUCUGAUGGAGAUCCAGGACCUGUUGGGCUCAGUGGUCCCAAAGGAAACAUGGGCGAAAUGGGCAUGCCUGGCCUGCCUGGACCCCCUGGAAUAUAUGUACCAGCUUCCUUGGGCUUUAAAGGGUUAAUGGGUUUUACAGGGCCCAAAGGUCAAAAAGGAGAGCGUGGACAGAGAGUAGGGAGCAUCAUAACCCUCGGGGAGCCUGGAAAAGAUGGACUCCGGGGGCCAAAGGGAGUUCAAGGACACAGUGGCAUCCCUGGCACCAAAUGCAUCCCUGGUCCCAAAGGAGAUCGUGGAGAAAAAGGAGACAGGGGUCUGCCUGGGCUGAUAGGUGAUAAAGGCAGAAAAGGUUACAGCGGUUUGUGUGCAUGUGAGCCCAGCCCUAUGGUUGGCCCUCCAGGUCACCGAGGUGACCCUGGUGAUCCUGGUUACCCAGGAGUGCGGGGGCCUCCUGGUACACAAGGUGAACAUGGUCUCUCUGGAGACAUGGGACUGGAAGGAUUACAUGGUUUUCAAGGGGUUCAAGGUAUCAGAGGCAGCAAAGGAGAAAAAGGAGACUUAUAUAAAAUGGACAUCAAGGGUUGCAAGGGAGAUGCUGGACCAGAAGGCAAUCCUGGUGUGCUUGGAUUGAUUGGCAAGGGAGGGGAGGAUGGAAGGCCUGGUCCUCCUGGAGAUACUGGUCCAGAGGGUGACAGUUAUCCUGGUCCACCUGGUGAUAGAGGGUUUCCAGGUAGUCUUGGUUUUAAGGGCUGCAAAGGUGCAUCUGGAUCACAGGGUCCAGGAGUACCUGGACCAUUAGGUCAACGCGGGGAAAUAGGAGACCCAGGACCCCCAGGACGGCCAGGAAGUUGUGGGCUCAGAGGGCUUAAAGGUGAUAGGCCACCCUAUAGACCUAGCAAACCCGGAGACCCUGGACCUAAGGGAGAGAUUGGUGACAAAGGUUUUCCAGGGCAGAGUGGUUUUCCAGGCUCCCAGGGGCUUGGAGGACCAACCGGACCCAAGGGAGAGAGAGGCAACCUGGGUGACCCAGGCCCUGAUGGCCUCACAGGAGCACCUGGUUAUGUGGGAAACCCAGGAGACACUGGACCCGAUGGCUAUAGUUGUGAUGGAGAGGCUGGGACACCCGGCAGCCGUGGACCUGCAGGGUUAAAGGGACCCACUGGAGACUCAUUUCCAGGAGCCCAAGGGCCAAGGGGUCCCAUUGGACUUAACGGACGUACAGGGCCUAAAGGGAUCUGUGGACCCCCAGGGCCAACAGGUAGUGAAGGCACUGCUGGGGAGCCUGGAGUUAAAGGUAGGAAAGGAGAGCUUGGACCAAUUGGGCAACCAGGGAAAACAGGGUUCUGUGGGCCAUCUCCAGUACAGUGUGAUUGUGGGUUACAAGGCCCCUUAGGGGACGCAGGACCCCCCGGAAACUUAGGAUACCCAGGUUACCGUGGUGAAAAAGGAUUUUUUGGUCUGCCUGGCCCUGAAGGGGUGGGACCCAAAGGUGUUACCGGAAAGGUUGGACCCCCUGGUUUUAAGGGAUCCAUUGGUUUUAAGGGCUCCCCAGGGCCAGUUGGUGACGAUGGAAUUUCUGCUCCUAACGGACAGAAGGGUUUGCCUGGGCUACCUGGUAGGGAUGGUCCACCUGGUGGUUCAGGUGAGAGUGGAAAUCCAGGACUUCUUGGCUUAAAAGGAGAGAAAGGGCUUGAUGGGAGGACAGGUUUGCAAGGAGAACAUGGCUCCAAAGGAGAGAAAGGCAAGCCUGGAAAUUCUGGCAUACCAGGACCAACUGAAAUGGUACAAAUAAAGGGGAAAAGAGGCCAAGUGGGGUCCCCGGGACAGAUUGGCUUCCCUGGACCCAGAGGUGAUAAAGGUACAAAGGGUAUUCAGGGUUUACGGGGGUACUCAGGGGAAGAUGGACCUCCAGGGUUUGAGAAUGGCCCUCCGGGGCCGCCAGGUGCCCGUGGAAAACCAGGUGUUCCUGGAGUCCCUGGGUCACGAGGGCCAAGCGGCGUCACUGGAUUCCCCGGAACAGCUGGAGAUCCAGGUGACCCAGGGUUGAAAGGGAAAGAUGGAACACCUGGCAUCUAUGGAUUCAAUGGACCUAAAGGUGAUAAAGGAUAUUGUAUAGACAUACCUGGAGCUCCAGGUCAGAGAGGCCUACGUGGAGAUAAUGGAAACUCAGCUCCUAUUGGGGAAGAGGGAGAUCCAGGGGACGUGGGACCCCCUGGGCCUUGUGGAAAGUCUGGCACACCAGGACCUGCUGGAAAUCAGGGCCAUCCUGGAUGUCCAGGUGUAGCUGGGCCUCCAGGUCCCUCUGGAAAGUAUGGUCCAGAAGGCCCAUGUGGUCCUCCUGGAGUCAUUGGACCUAAGGGAACCCCAGGCAGCAAGGGCCUUCCAGGUCCUCCUGGGCCACUGGGGCUGGAUGGAUUGGAUGGGCUGAAGGGUGUCAAGGGCAAUAUAGGGUCACUGGGAAUGGGUAUACCUGGUAAUGUAGGGCCUCUGGGUCUACCAGGCGAAAAGGGAUGCUCCGGAGAAACUGGCCCUCCGGGUCAAGUCCAGCAAGGGGUCCCUGGUCCGAGAGGCCAGACUGGGUGCCGAGGGGAGCCUGGUGAUUGUGGUCCUUCUGGAUGCCCUGGUGAAGACUGUAAGGACCCUAAUCCAGGACAGUGUGGUGAAGCUGGCUAUCCUGGUCAGGAUGGCCCACCAGGACCUAUGGGGGCUAGGGGACCUCCAGGCCAGCCCAUUCCUGUAUGUGGGGAUGUCGGUGAGCCUGGAGCACAAGGUAUUCCUGGAUGUAAAGGUGAAAGUGGGCUUUGUGGCGCCCAGGGACUCCCAGGGAUUGAAGGCUUGAAAGGACUGAAAGGUGAGAAAGGAGACAUGGGGUUUUUGGGGGACCCUGGACCCUGUGGUCCCCCGGGAACAUGUGGUUUUCCUGGGCCCAAGGGACCCAAGGGACUGCCAGGAGAUCAAGGUCCUUGCGGAGAACCUGGGAAUGUAAUUCAUAAAAAAGCAUGCCCUCUCCCAGGUCCGUGUGGACCUCCUGGUCCAUGUGGUCCACCUGGCUGCCCAGGCCCUGCAGGACCACAGGGUGGAGAAGGCCGAAAAGGGCAAAAAGGUGAAGAUGGAGAUUAUGGAUUGCAUGGCCUGGCUGGAGCACCAGGAUCAGAUGGUGCUCAAGGAAAGUCAGGCGAAAAGGGCGAGAGAGGACAGCCAGGCAAUGACGGUGAGCCGGGCCCUGUUGGAGACCGUGGUCUUGAUGGCAUCACUGACAUGUGCAAAUCUGGCUUCCUGAUAGUCGUUCACAGCCAGUCACCAUAUGUGCCUCAGUGCCCUUUAAACUUGCCCAUGCUCUGGGAGGGAUACAGCUUACUGUACCUAGAGGGACAGGAGAAAGCACACACACAGGACCUGGGUCAGGCGGGCUCAUGUGUGCGUGUCUUUAGCACUAUGCCUUUCUUCUACUCAAACCGGGGAAGCUGCAACUACGCCAGUCGCAACGACAAAUCCUAUUGGCUCUCCACCACUGAGGCAUUACCCUCAAUGUCUGUGAAAGGGCCGCAGAUCCAGCGGCACAUCAGCAGGUGCGUGGUGUGUGAGGCUCCUUCACCAGCCAUCGCCAUUCACAGUCAGAGAAGCGACGCACCUCAGUGCCCUCCGAACUGGACUACUCUGUGGAUGGGAUAUUCAUUCCUUAUGCAUACAGGGUCUGGAGAUGAGGGUGGCGGCCAAUCUCUGACAUCAGCAGGAAGCUGUCUGGAAAGUUUCCUCACGCAUCCAUUCGUGGAGUGCCAGGGCCUGCAUGGCACUUGCCAGUUUUUCAGCAACAUUUAUAGCUUUUGGCUUACUCAAGUGGGCGAUCAGGGCUUUAGCCCCAUUCCCAAGAAGAUUGCCCUUAAAGAUGCAUCUGAUCAACGCAACAGUGCUAGCCGAUGCAGCGUCUGCAUGAGGUUUCCCCGUGGCAAUUACUAAGCACAGACUGCUUCCAAGUUCCCUUUGUAACUAUGCAGAGGAUGUGCUUUUGGUUGGUCACCUGAGUGGGAGUCAUGCUAACUAUGCAGGUCACUUUCUCUCAGUCAAAAAGUAAAAACAAUAAAAGGAA